UUGAUGAGAAACGCAAACUUUAGUGAUGAGGUGCAGAAUGUUUCAGGGUCCGUGUCGGCUCAGAAGCCAGCUGCCCCUGGAGAUCGAAGUGCCGACUGAGUAAUCGGGUUGCUGGGGACCGGUCAGAAUGUCGCCUUUCUCCGGAGCAGAGCUGCUGGCGAGCUUUCUGGUUCUUUUAGUCUGGAGGGAGGUGCCGGCGGUGAGCUGUUUGGCUUUCAGAAACUGUAUAGGAUUGUAUCUUCAGAGGCACUCCGUCAGCUGUGUAAACCAGGGUAUCUCAGAGCUGGCCACGGCUGUUUCGGACAUCCCCUCCGACACCAGGGUUCUGAACAUUUCCGUCAACAAGAUCACGGUUUUGCCUCAGAGGGGACUGGAAAGACUGGUGUCUUUGGAGUAUCUGAGGCUUGACCGCAACAAACUGAGCUGUAUCGAACGGCAAGCCUUUUGGAAUCUCAGCUCCCUACGAGAACUCAACCUGUCCCACAACUAUCUGGAGUCUCUACAUCAAGACGCGUUCACAUCCCUGUCCAACCUCACCAGCCUUAGCCUACAGCACAACAAGCUGAGGGAUCUCUCCGGAGACACCGUCUUCCCCUUGAAGAGACUCCAAAUUCUGGACAUCUCCUUCAAUAACUUCAGCAAUGCCUCGUCUGUAAUUGCAGCUCUGAGACGGGCUCAUGCUUUGAGAACAUUGCGUCUUCAGAACUCCAGAGUCAGAUAUCUGGACAUUUCGACCAGUUUCCCGCCGCGACUGAGCCGCCUGCUUCUCGCCGACAACCCGCUCUCCAGAUUCCGGGCCCCCGCCGGUUUCUUUGCCAGCAUUGACCACCUGGACUUGUCCAACUGCAGCUUGUCGCGAGCCGAGAACCUCACCUCGAUCAACUUGUCCGGUGUCCACUCCCUGAGCAUCGGGCACAACCCCCUGGCACCGGCCGAGGUGAUCGAGGCCGUGCGGAACAUCAAGGCGCCGCUGACAAACAUCACCCUCAGCGACUUCAAUCUGGAAAAGGACCAGCUGCGACUCUGCGGGAUCUUGCAGAAGAGGGGGAUUCGGUCAGUCACCCUGGAGGGCAAUAAAUUCAAGGAUGUGAAGGGGGUCUUCAAACGGUGCAAUUCAAUAUCAUUUCUGGACAUGUCCCACAACAAGAUUAGAACGCCUGACAUGUUUACCCGUGGGGGAGCCCCCAACGAUCUACAAACUUUAAUACUGGAUCAUAAUGUCAUUCGAGAUAUCUCCCUGUGCGCCGGGGGUCCCGGCGGAAGGCAAUGUAACUCGACCGCCCCUUGCCUGGGGAAACUGCGUUACCUCUCGUUGAGGUACAACCGCAUCUCGGCCAUCAUGUCUCAUGCGUUCCAACAGGUUCCCAACCUGGAGACUCUCUCUUUGGCCUUGAACGGAAUCAACUUCAUCAACAUCUCUGCCUUUGCGGGUCUAAGUAAACUGAGGUUUCUAUCCCUGACUAACAAUGCAAUCGGAGAAAUCUUUCCCUCGACCUACAUGCAUGUUAGGAACUUGGAACACCUAAAGCUACGAAAUAACAGGAUUCCCAUUAUCUACAAUGGAUAUUACUCCAACCUUUCCAGGCUGAUCACGCUGGAUUUAGGCGGGAAUCAUAUUGUGGAGAUUCAAAACGGAGGUUUUCAAGGGCUCCGAUCUUUGCUAAGGCUCUACUUGGAUAGGAACUGGUUGAAGGCUCUUUCGGCAGAUAUGUUUAGCGACUUGCAGUCGUUGCAAGUGUUAGAUUUGACCCAAAACAAGCUGACCUUCGCGAAAGCGCCCGACCACUUUCAGCCGUUCCUUGCGCUGCGUAGCCUGCGCAUGCUGAAGUUGCAACGGCAGGACGCCCCCAGCAGCAUGAUGCUCCCUCCCACCCUGUUCAAUGGCCUGCAGAGGCUCCGGAUUCUGGACAUCUCCAACAACAAAUUCGACACGCUGGACACACUGCCCCUCCAUCAGCUCGGCGGGCUGGAAGUCUUGUACAUGAACAACAUUUACCAGGCCUUCGGGACCAUGCACAGCAAGACCUUCGCCAACCUGGUCAACCUCCGGCUGCUGAGCCUCGAGAGCGCCGGCUUGGAGUCUAUCUGGGAGGCUCUCUUCGAAAGCCUGGCCAGCCUCAGCACUCUACUGCUCAAGGGCAACAAGAUCGGCGUCGUCAGGAAUAAGGACAUCCUUCAGCUGGGCAACCUCAGCUACCUGGACCUCCGGGACAACCUGUUCGCCUGCGUGUGUGAGAACCUGUGGUUUCAGCAGUGGGCGGCGAAAAGCGAGGUGCAGGUGCCUCUGUUUUACGGGUACUCGUGCGGGGGCCAAGGAGAGAGAAAAUUACUGGCGCAGUUUGACAGAUUGAUCUGCAACAACGGUUUCGUGGCGUUUUGCGUCAGUGCGCCGGCCAUCUUCGCCUUUGUGGCGACGGCUCUGCUGUACCACAAAGGGAAGUGGAGCUUUUAUUACAGCUACUACCUGCUCCGUGCGUGGGUACGCGAGAAACAGUUGCAGAGGUCGCACAGCCAGGGCCACCAGUACGACGCCUUCGUGUCCUACAACUCCAAGGACGAGGGGUGGGUGUUCGACCAGCUGCUGCCUCACUUGGAGACCGAGGGACCUCCGUUUCACCGUCUUUGUUUCCACCACAGGGACUUUGCGGUGGGCAAGCCCAUCGUGGAGAAUAUCGUCGACGCCAUAUACAACAGCAAGAAGACGCUCUGCGUCAUCUCCAAGAAUUACCUUCAAAGCGAGUGGUGCUCGAUGGAAAUGCAGGUCGCCCUGUACAGGCUCUUCGAUGAGUACAGCGAUGUCCUCAUCCUGGUCUUUCUCGACGAGAUCCCUGGCCAAGUGUUGUCCUCCUACCAUCACCUGCGGAAGCUGCUGCGGAAGAAGACUUACAUCAGUUGGCCCGCUGACGACGCGGCCCAGAGGCUGUUUUGGGCCAAGCUGCGGAACGCUCUCAAAUCAGACCGCUCAGCUUCGGGGAAACGGAUGCACCCGCUCAUCCAGCACGAAAGCUUACUGUACUAAACCCUUAGCCCAGAGCCCAGAUCUCAACAUCGUCGAGGCUUUCUGGGGAUAUCUGGAGAGAUAGAAGCAAGCAAGACAGCCAAAGUCUACAGAAGGACCGUGGCAAGUUUUUGAAGACCUACCAGAUGAUUUUCUUUUUUAAAAACUGCACAGCAGUGUACCUAAGAGAACUCAUGGUUUUAAAGGCAAAGAGUGGUCACACCAAAUAACAAUUUGAUUUUUUUUUACUGUUUACUGUUCUUUAUAGAAUAUUUUUUCCAUAAGAUAUAGGAGCAGAUUUAGGGCAGUUAGCCCAUCGAGUCUGCUCUGUCACUUCAUCAUGGUUGGUCCAUUCUCCCUCUCAGCCCCAAUCUCCUGCCUUAUCCCCAUAUCUCUUCAUGCCCUAACCAGUCAACUUCUGCCUUAAAUAUAGAUAAAGACUUGGCCUCCACAGCUGCCUAUGGCAACGAAUUCCACAGAUCCACCACUCUUUGGCUAAAGAAAUUCCUCCUCAUCUCCAUUCUAAAAGGAUGCCUCUCUAUUCUGAGGCUGUGUCCUCUGGUCCUAGACUCUCCACAUCCACUCUGUCAACGCCUCUUAACACACGAUAGGUUUCAAUGAGGUCAGCCCUCAUUCUUCUGAGUUCUCGUGACUAGGGGCCCAGAGCCACCAAAACGCCCUUCAUAGGACAAGCCAUUCAAUCCUGGAAUGGAACAAUUUUCAUGAACCUCUGCUGUGUCAGCACAUCCUUUCUAAGAUAAGGGGCCCAAACCUGCUCACAAUACUCCAAGUGAGGCCUCACCUGUGCUUUAUAAAGCCUCAACAUUACAUCCUCGCUUUUAGAUCCUAGUCCUCUUGAAAUUAAUGUUAACAUCACAUUUGCCUUCCUCACCACAGACUCAAGCUGCAAAUUAACCUUUAGGGAAUCCUGCACAAGGACACGGGAGGUCCAGGGAACGUGUGAUUUCCCCCUGACAUGUUUACAUGGGUGGUUCCCAAUACAGAUUUGAAUAUGGACAGAGUAACUCAUAAGGAAGAACUCAAGCUUUCUGAUAUGUUUGUUGUGCAGUCAAAAGUCUUCAGAACAAAUCCCUUGGAGGAAAAUUAUUUUAAAGUCUAUAUUCAGAAUAAAGUUCUGUAAG